GCGCCGGAUGUGACCCUGUAGGAGAAACGGCGGAGCGUGGUCUAGUUUUUACGGUUUCCUGUGAGCCCGGAGGCGGUGAAGGUUCUCUGCUUUUGGAGGCUGCUGCAGUGUUCGUGGGGCGGAUUCCCCCAGGAGUUUGUUGAUUCCUGAAAAGAUACAAGGCAAUGAAGGUUAAGUGACUUGCCAGGGUCACACAGCUAUGGCAUAUAGAAGAGAUGAUAUGUGGUCUGAAGGGCGCUAUGAGUAUGACAGACUUCCAAGAGAACGCUUACCUCCUCGAAGUCAUCCUGAGGAUGACUACCAUAGAGUAGUUAAUAUUGUACCCAAGAAACCACCACUACUAGACAGACCUGGUGAAGGAGGCUACAAUAGAUAUGAUUACGGUUAUAUUGAUUACCGAGAAUAUGACGAGGGCCGCAGUUUUUCUCAUGAUCGAAGAAAUGGUCCACCUCAAAGAGGCGAUGAGCCCAGCUAUCGAUGGACAAGGGAUGAUCAUCCCAUAAGUAGACAGCCUGACUAUAGGGACACUAGAGAUGGAUUUAGAAGAAAAGGUUUCUAUUCUUACAUGAGAGAACGAUCUCCUCAUAAAAGAGACAAUCCAUUCUUUCGGGAAUCACCUGUAAAUCGAAAAGAUUCUCCACACAGCAGAUCUGGCUCCAGUGUCAGCAGCAGAAGUUACUCUCCUGAACGGAGUAAAGCUUAUUCUUUCCACCAGUCUCAGCAUAGAAAGUCCGUGCGUGCUGGUGCCUGCUACAAACAGCAAAAUGAAGGAGAGCCAGGAAGAGGUAAAGAGAGACCUUCUGCCCAGUCUUUGAAAACAUCAAGAGAUACUUCUCCCUCCAGUUCCACAGCAACUCCCUCAUCAAAGGUCUUGGAUAAACCUAGCAGGCUAACUGAAAAGGAGCUUGCUGAGGCUGCAAACAAGUGGGCUGCAGAAAAAUUAGAGAAGACUGAUGACAAUAACUUACCAGAUAUUUCUGAUUAUGAUGCUGGGUCUUCAGCACCAUUAUACAAUGACCAAUCAGAAGAGCCUGAGACAAACGCCACAGAUAGUAUUGAACUGUUUGACGACAACCAGGCAACCAAUCGCUCAAAAGCAAUAGCAUCAAAGACCAAAGAAAUUGAACAGGUUUAUCGACAAGACUGUGAAACUUUUGGGAUGGUUGUGAAAAUGCUGAUUGAUAAAGAUCCUUCAUUAGAAAAAUCUGUGCAGUUUGCUUUGAGACAGAAUUUACAUGAAAUAGGUGAGCGAUGCAUUGAAGAACUGAAGCAUUUCAUUACGGAGUAUGAUGCUGCCAAUCAAGAAUUUGGGGAACCUUUCUAAGACUCAUGCUGAGGCAAAAGAUAAUGUACUUCUUUGUUGUUGGUUUUUUUCCCCUGGAUUGUAUAAAUCCUUAAUAUAUAUGGAAUACUUUUGUGAUUAGUUAAGGGGAUAUUUAGUACAGUUAGCCAUACAUUUAGAUAUCUUCAUAAUUAUUAUAUCAAAAGAAUAUCUAAAAAUCUUUAUUAGCACUCUGCAAAGGUUCAUGAUCCAUAAGUAAGCAUAAGCUUUUUAUCUCUAGGAUGAAGAAUGGCAGUUUUUUUUUUUUCGGUAUGCCUCUGCAAAAUAUGUCCUAGAGAUUAGUUUUCUACAAUUGUUUUUCUUCAGUUUUACAUAAUAUACAAUCAUAUGCUUUGUCAUGCAAAUUUAAACUUAGUUUACAAAUUAGAAAUUACUUUGAACUAAUUUUUUCAGUCAUUGAAAAUCCCUUGAAUUUAGUUAUCUAGCAAUUCCAUAUGACCUGUAUUUCAAAAGUUCAACUUAAAAGUUCUAUGACUUGAUGUCAUAGUUUUAUUAUUAUUAUUAUUUACUUGUUUCUUAAGCCUUCAGACUUUUAAAUAUUCUAAUAAUCUACUGUCUACAUUAGCUGACUGCUUUGAUUGUAUAAAAACUGCUUUUAAAAAUCCUAAAGCUCUAGUAACUUCUAGAGAAUAUAGGAUUUUCAGUAUUAAAUUGUUAUUUCAAAACCAUCUAUGUUCCCAUAUUUGUGAAUUUCAUAAAUGCUUGCACUGAAAUAUUAAUCUUAUAAGAUUGUACCUGUGUCAGAUAGAAGUGAAAAUUUGUGAAUUGAAAGGUGAGUGGCAUAUUUAGGCUGAGAUUCUCCACAGAUUUUAUAGGCCUAGAAAGAAAUCUUUAUCAAUAUGAGAAACAAUAGAUUUUUCCCCCAUAUGUCUUUAUUUCAGAGUUUAUCAACUGCCUUUUGCUCCAUGGAUCAUUAGGAAAUUAAAUGAUUAUACCAGUGAUUUCAGCCUAAAGCUUUUUUUAUUUAGCUCUCUUUAUUAGGGCCUCCCAACACCAUGGAUAUUCUACCAAUUUUUGAUGUUAGGCAUGACAAACUUAAGUUUUUCUUUUUUAUGGCAUUAAUAAGUCACGGAGCUCUAAAUCAUGUUAUUAUUACUGCUUGCUUUCCUUAUCUUUCCAGCAUUUCUUCUCUAACCUGAAUUCUGCCAUCAUUUUUAGUGACUUAUUUUGAUAAUGUUUUGAAGGCUUCCAAAUAGUAGGGACCAAAAUUAUGUUAAAUAUUCAUUUCCAGCUAGCCAUUUAUUUUAAAAUCAUGCUAGAAUGGAAAUAAGGAAACAGUGUAAGUUUGUGAUGAGUACCACACCUGAAAAUUGAAAGAGUAAGAGAAAAAUAUAAUUCCAAAUCAUCCCCAACCUCAGCCUUGCCAAAUUAGACCACUUCAAGUCAUAGUUUUUGGUACUUAUUAUGCUAAGUCCACCGUUUCUGAACCAUAAACUAGAAUUAAUCCUUAUCCAUCAUUUCUGAUAUUCUUCUCCAAUGUGUGAGACUAUUUUAUUAGCUACCUAGCCUAGAGGAAACUAUGUCAAUAGUAGUUUUAUUACUCAAUUCUCCAUUUCCCUUUUUCUUUCAUUUAAUUUUAUUAAGUAACAUCCCUUCUUAAAUAAAAAGUGAGAAAAUAUAGUAGAUACCAAAGACAAUGAACAGUUUUUUGUUGAGCUUCAUUAAAAAUAGUUUUACCAAGUUACCAUCUCAUUGCAUAUAUUUAUUUUAAAGUCUAUAGGUUAACCAAUUAAAUAUAGUUUUGUUCUUCCUUCCCUUUGUGUUCAGUAGCUAAAGGUUUUGGGUUUUUUUGGGUUUUUUUACAGUUAGCCUCCAAUAAUAUUUUUGUAGGGAUAUCUGUUAAUUGUAGGAAAAAAAGUAGUUUAAAGGACAACUUCAAAGCAUGCAAAUUCAAACGUGAACUAGAGUGGUUUAUAUUGUAAGAAGUUCUCCUUAUUAAGAUGUUUUUAUUAGAGAAUUAUUAUUCUCUGCAGAAUAUCCCCAGGUAGUGUGCUAUACUUUCAUUGUGUCUUCUUAAAGCCUUGCUGUGCCUGUAGUUGAAGUUCAAAGGGAAAAUGGAGUUUUGUGAGGCCUUUUUGUGUAAACUUUUAAAAAAUAAAACAACCAGUUAAAAA